AUAUCACUUUCACUGAUAUUUGACGUUGUUCAUUCAAGGCAGUAUUAAAAAUACUCACUUAAUACUGUUAACCCGUUUUUACAGGAAAUAAUCAAAGUCAAGGUCUCCCAGUAUAACAGCAAUCACCACUGUUCACGCAGGUCUAUAUCCAAGUAGCUACAGAUAUUCAUGUCCACUAUUAUAGUGUUGACCGUGUACACCGCAACACGUACGUUUUGUACUGUAUAUUUGCGAAAAAUCGCAAUAGUUAAUUUUUUAGGUUACAUAUGUCAUGGCGUCCAAUAACUUGCCGGUCGAUCCGUUGAAGUUCGUUCUCCAAAUUACGGUAUUUUCUUUGCUGUUGGUACCGGGAAUUUUGUGGGCAGUUUUGAAAAAAUUCAUACCGGUGAAGCCGAAAUCCGUUAAAGGACAAGUGGUGUUGAUCACCGGAGCUGCACGCGGAAUAGGUCGUGAACUUGCGACUAGGUUUGGUAAAUUGGGUGCAAAAGUUGCUUGUGUGGAUAUCGAUGAAUCUGGAAACCACGAAACGGCUCAAAUCAUAAAAGAUUGUGGAGGCGUGGCCAAGAGUUACAAAUGUGACGUUUCAAAAAAAGAUGAUAUCAAAAUUCUGCAUUCAAAGGUUAAACAAGAUUUAGGCCCCGUCGAUAUAGUCAUCAACAACGCUGGAAUAGUGUGGGGACAUUUGUACAUAGAUCCCUCAAAAGAUCAAUUUAUCACGGACCAAAUCAAUGUUAACCUUAUGGCUCAUAUUUGGAUGAACAGAGAAAUUCUUCCAUCAAUGUUGGAGAGAAACUGUGGACACAUCGUAGCUAUGUCUUCAAUGUCUUCAAUGGCUGGUGUAGCUAAUAUAUCCACAUAUACGGUUUCUAAAUGGGGUAUAAAUGGUAUGAUGGAAUGUUUGCAUAACGAGUUAAAACAAUUCAACUGUAAUGUAAAGACUACGAAUAUAUUGCCGUAUUUCAUAAAAACCAACGAGAAAGUUUCGGCGUUUUUAGAUAUCAGAUUCCCUGAAAUACCUACACACAUUGCUGGUGAGGAGAUGAUGAAAGGAAUAUUAGAAGAACGGAGAAUAUUCUCUGUUCCCGGUCACAUGCUCAAUAUGGUACAUAUUCUAAGGCUGUUACCGGACAACUUGCAAGCGCUUUUCAACAAUAUAUUUUAUGUCAAAGUCCGCGGAGAACCCCAGGAUGAGUUAGUUUUAAAUAAAUAUAAACGAUAAAACUAGUGUUUGAACUGACUUGUUAUUAGAUUUUAAAUUAUUUUAAAAUAUUAUUUACAUUGUACUGUUUUAUUGUUGUUUUUCACAUUAAAAUGUAUUGGUAAUUUAUGAUUUUUAAACAUGUAUUUAUUAUUUAAAAUUAAUACAAUAGGUAAUUUAAAUUAUUUUGACAUUUUAGCUGAUAGAAAAAUUUUUUAUGCUGAAAUAUUAUUAUAGAUAUUAUUUAUUAUUAUUAGAUUA